AUGGCGUCGACGUCAGCCGGUGUUGAUGGGGAAGUUAGCGAAGCAAAAGUGGAAGAAACCACCAUGGCAGCAGAAUCGCCAAACUGGCUGGAUUUUCCAACGGAGUUGACCAGCAAGAUUCUCCAAAUGUGCUCCACCGCAUUGCUAACAAGUACCAUUAUUCUUUUCUCAGGCUUCAUUGGAAGCAAUUUAAGGGGUAUGAGGCUAGAACGUUGCUACCCUAGUUUUAUCUGUACUUACCCCGGUGUAUCAGAUGAUGGAUUAAGAGAAGCUGCAAAGAAACUUGCAGUGUUGGAGGAGUUUGAGAUUUUAGGUGCCGAUCUUUCUAUGAAUUGGCUACUUAGUAUCGGAAGAUAUCUUGGAGUUAACCUUAAUCAUUCCCGUACCAGUAGGGCUUCUUUUCAUUCGGUGAUUGAAAAGAUGAGGGGAAGAUUAGCUAAUUGGAAAGGAAGGCUUCUAAAUAAAGCAGGGAGACUUUGCCUGAUCAAUUCUGUUGCAGCAUCCAUUCCUGUCUAUAAUAUGCAGGACAAGCCUUGGGUUGCUCUAUUGAUGGCGAAGUAUCUGAGGAAUGAGGGAGUUUUAGAUGGCCCUGUCCCUUGCAAUGCUUCUCAUGUUUGGAAGAGUAUCUCAAAGGCUUUUGGUGCUCUUAAGGAUGCCUUCUCUUGGUGCGUUGGGUCACUUGAUCAAUCCUUUUGGUUUGACAAUUGGAGUAUUGAGGGCCCAAUUGCUCAAGAUGUCCCUUUUGUACAUAUAUCUGACUCUGAUUUAACUAUUAGAGACGUUUGGAAAGAUGGUCAAUGGUAUCUCCAUGAUAUUUUCUCUAUCAUUCCAGAAGAUGUCAAACAGCGUUUGAAUGCUUAUAAUCCGGAUUUGAAUGCUGGAGAGAGUUCGGGUUGGUCGUGGGGUGUGGCAUCUUCUAGACUCUACUCAGCUAGGAGUGGGUACAGUUGGCUAGCCAAAGGAAAGUUUGACUGGAAUAAGCAUGAUAAUUGGUUGUGGGUAUGGCGUCUGCAUAUUCCUGAGAAGUAUAAGUUCUUGAUUUGGCUCAGUCUUCAUAAUGCUAUUCCUACGGCAGAGUUUCGUUUGGGUCGUGGUUUAGCUUUAUCUAGCACCUGUCAUCGGUGUCAGAAUGGUUCUGAAUCCAUUCUUCAUUGUCUUCGGAGUGCCCUAGUGCCAAGGAGGUCUGGACCCUUUAGGCCUGUAUCAGAUAACUCGAAUUUACAUGAUUGGCUCUAUAGAGGUGCAAGGAGUGGAGAUGCUUUUCUUUUCUUUUCGACCAUCUAG